AUGGCUCGCUUUGAAGACGAACUGUCAAGCCGUUAUGGAGGCAGCUGUCCCGCGGGCCCGGCCAGAGGGGCCAGCCGGCCACCGGGGGUGCCUCCCGGGGGCCCGAGGAUGUACAAGCAGACGAUGGCCCAGAGAGCUCGGACCAUGGCUAUUUACAACCCUAUUCCUGUUAAACAGAACUGCCUCACCGUCAACCGCUCCCUGUUCAUCUUCAGCGAGGACAAUAUCAUACGGAAAUACGCCAAAAAGAUCACCGAAUGGCCUCCAUUUGAGUACAUGAUCCUGGCCACCAUUAUAGCAAACUGCAUCGUGCUGGCCUUGGAGCAACACCUACCGGCCUUAGACAAAACACCGAUGUCAGAGCGAUUGGACGACACAGAACCCUACUUUAUUGGAAUAUUUUGUUUUGAAGCUGGAAUCAAGAUCAUCGCUCUGGGCUUUGCCUUUCACAAAGGCUCCUACCUGCGUAAUGGCUGGAAUGUAAUGGACUUUGUGGUGGUCCUAACAGGAAUCCUGGCCACUGUGGGGGCAGAUUUUGAUCUACGAACACUGCGGGCGGUGAGAGUACUCCGACCACUCAAACUGGUCUCUGGCAUACCAAGUCUCCAGGUGGUGUUAAAGUCCAUCAUGAAGGCCAUGGUUCCUCUGCUACAGAUUGGCCUGCUGCUCUUCUUCGCCAUCCUCAUGUUUGCCAUCAUCGGCCUCGACUUCUACAUGGGAAAGUUCCACCGCACCUGCUUCAGGAUUGACACAGGUGAGCAGGCAGCAGAUUUCCCUUGUGGUCUGGAGCCCCCGGCAAGGACCUGCGCUAACGGCACCGCCUGUAAGGAGUACUGGAUCGGACCGAGCUUUGGCAUUACCAACUUUGACAACAUCCUGUUCGCUGUUCUCACUGUUUUCCAGUGCAUCACCAUGGAGGGAUGGGUGGACAUCCUCUACAAUGCCAACGAUGCCUCGGGGAACACGUGGAACUGGCUGUAUUUCAUCCCCCUCAUCAUCAUCGGCUCCUUCUUCAUGCUCAACCUGGUUUUGGGUGUGCUGUCAGGGGAGUUUGCCAAGGAGAGAGAGCGGGUGGAGAAGAGGCAGGAGUUCUUGAAGCUCCGCAGACAGCAGCAGAUAGAGAGAGAGUUAACGGGCUACCUGGAGUGGAUCUGUAAAGCAGAGGAGGUGAUGCUGGCUGAAGAAGACAAGAACGCAGGGGAGAAUUCUCUGGACGGAGCGUGGUACAAAAGGAAACAACACAACUCUGUGUUGAAAAGGACCAAGAAGAGUAAAAACGACCUCAUCAAUGCAGAGGAAGGAGAAGACCACUUCACUGACAUCUCAUCUGUUGGGUCACCGUUUGCCCGGGCCAGUGUGAAGAGCCAGAAAGAAAGCACGUCUUACAUCAGGAGGAAAGAGAAGAGGAUCCGUUUCACCAUUCGCCGGCUGGUCAAAUCUCAGAGUUUCUACUGGACCGUUCUGUGUUUGGUUGGCCUGAACACUCUGUGCGUGGCCAUUGUGCACUAUGACCAGCCGGACUGGCUCACAUAUGCACUAUACCUGGCAGAGUUUGUAUUCCUGGGUCUGUUCCUGGCAGAGAUGUCUAUGAAAAUGUACGGUCUGGGCCCCCAGAACUACUUCCACUCCUCCUUCAACUGUUUCGACUUUGGGGUGAUUAUUGGCAGUAUUUUUGAGGUGAUCUGGGCUGCCAUCAAACCUGGAGCGUCAUUCGGGAUCAGUGUCCUGCGGGCUCUGAGGCUGCUCAGGAUCUUCAAAGUCACCAAGUACUGGAACUCUCUGAGGAACCUGGUGGUGUCUCUGCUCAACUCCAUGAAGUCCAUCAUCAGCCUGCUCUUCCUCCUCUUCCUCUUCAUCGUGGUCUUCGCUCUGCUCGGCAUGCAGCUGUUUGGUGGACAGUUUAAUUUCGAAGAUGAAACACCGACAACCAACUUUGACACCUUCCCCGCGGCGAUUCUCACCGUCUUCCAGAUCCUGACUGGAGAAGACUGGAACGCAGUCAUGUACCACGGGAUCGAAUCACAGGGGGGCGUCCGUGGGGGGAUGUUCUCCUCCAUUUAUUUCAUCGUUCUCACUCUCUUUGGAAACUAUACGCUACUCAACGUGUUCUUGGCCAUCGCUGUCGAUAACCUCGCUAAUGCCCAGGAGCUCACUAAGGAUGAAGAGGAGCAGGAGGAGGCCAUCAAUAAGAAGCUAGCUCUGCAGAAGGCCAAGGAGGUAAAGGAGGUCAGCCCCAUGUCGGCCGCUAACAUUUCCAUCACAGCUUUUCUAACACGCAGUCGAGGUAACGCGCACUCUAGCAGCUCAUCCAUCUGCAGCGUUAACUCACUGAGUUAUGUCUGCACCCCCGUCCAUCACUACCUGAGUAAGGAGCAGCAGAAGUCUAUGAAGACAAUGUCGGUGUGGGAGCAGAGGGCCAACCAGCUGAGGAGGCAGAACUGGGCCAGCUGUGAGGCCCUCUACAGCGAGCUGGAGCCUGAGGAGCGUCUUCGCCUGUCCUCCGUUCUCAACAUUCGGCCUGACAUGAAGACUCACCUGGACCGGCCGCUGGUGGUCGAACCUCGUGACGGACCUCUUAUAGGGGGCCAUCAGCACCACCAUCACAAACAGUGCAUGCCAGAAGAAGCCGAGACCACUGCAGACCCUCCUCCUCCACCUCCUGCCAUGCACCACCAGCCUCGCCGCCACCACCGCCACAGAGACCGGGCCAGAAGGAGAGAAGAAGCCAACGAAAAUGGUGACACCAGCAAAGAUGAGAGGCACCACGUCCAUCACAGCCGCUCCAAAGACCACGAGUGUAGCAAAGGCAAAGACGGGAAGAGCGAGAGGUCACGAAGCCGGGAGGGAGGCAGGAAGCAUCACCAUCAGAGCUCGAUGGAUGACAGUGGAGGAGGAGAGAGGGAGCAUCGCCAUCACCACUCACACCGUCAGUCCAGAGGGGGCAACGGGACAGUGAACAGCGGAGGGAGGGGGGAGCGCAGGUCCCGACACAAAGAUGGACGUUCGUGUAACAGGGACGGGGAUAAGAACUCCCGAACAGAGAAUGGAGAGAGGAGGAGACAUCGGACUCAUGGAUCCAGAGGUCAGUCCACGGCUGAAGGAGAGGAGUCCAACGAGAGAGAGAAGACCCACAGUCACAGGUAAGACUCACAGUUUGGAGACUCAGAGGGGGAGUCUCUCACCAUCUCACCCCAGCAGGGCUCUGAUGGCACCAACUGGCCUGCUGAACGACCGGAGGACUCGGACAACCAGAAAAAUGUCAGACGGACUGGACAAACCUCAGUCCACAUCCCUCCUGUGACAAUUACCUCUCCACCUGGAGAAACCACCCUCAUACAAAUGAACAGUAUGGACUGUGAGACAAUGCCCAUGACUGAGAGGAACCUGGAAGAAGUGGGUCCAAUUGGACCCAAACCCAUCCUGCCUUACAGCUCCAUGUUUAUCUUUGGACAGACCAACCCGGUGAGGCGGUUAUGUCACUACGUUGUGACUCUGCGUUAUUUUGAGAUGUCCAUCCUGGUCGUUAUCGCAAUGAGCAGCAUCGCUCUGGCAGCAGAGGAUCCUGUGUGGACCAACGCCCCUCGCAACAAUGUGCUCAAAUAUCUGGAUUAUGCCUUCACCGGUGUUUUCACUUUUGAAAUGGUGAUCAAGAUGGUGGACCUUGGCCUGUUGCUUCAUCCUGGAGCGUACUUCAGAGACCUGUGGAACAUUCUGGACUUCAUAGUGGUCAGUGGGGCGCUGGUGGCUUUUGCAUUUUCGAGCUUCAUGGGUAGAUCGCAACAAGGUGUGACCAGGGGGACCAAAGGCAAAGACAUCAGCACCAUCAAGUCUCUGAGGGUUCUCCGUGUGCUGCGGCCGCUCAAGACCAUCAAACGUCUGCCCAAACUCAAGGCCGUCUUCGACUGUGUGGUCAACUCUCUGAAGAAUGUGCUCAACAUCCUCAUCGUCUACAUCCUCUUCAUGUUCAUCUUCGCCGUCAUUGCUGUGCAGCUCUUUAAGGGAAAAUUCUUUUACUGCACAGACGAGUCCAAGGGUCUGGAGAAGGACUGCAAAGGACAGUUCCUAGACUACGACAAAGACGAGGUGGCUGCCAUGCCUAGAGAGUGGAAGAAGUACGAGUUCCAUUAUGACAACGUGUUGUGGGCCUUUCUUACGCUCUUCACUGUCUCCACCGGGGAGGGCUGGCCAACAGUUUUGAAGCACUCCGUGGAUGCCACCUUUGAAGAUCAAGGUCCCAGUCCAGGCUACCGGAUAGAGAUGUCUAUCUUCUAUGUGGUUUACUUUGUGGUCUUCCCCUUCUUCUUCGUCAACAUCUUCGUGGCUCUGAUCAUCAUCACCUUCCAGGAGCAGGGAGACAAGGCGCUGUCUGAGUGCAGCUUGGAGAAGAACGAGAGGGCCUGUAUCGACUUUGCCAUUAACGCCAAACCUCUGACUCGCUACAUGCCUGAGAACACGCAGUCUUUCCAGUACAGGAUGUGGAAGUUUGUAGUGUCUGCUCCGUUUGAGUACUCCAUCAUGAUCAUGAUCGCUGUCAACACUGUGGUCCUCAUGAUGAAGUUUCACGGAGCUCCAGACUUUUAUGAAACAAUGCUGAAAAACCUGAAUAUAGUCUUCACCACUCUCUUCUCUCUGGAGUGUAUCCUGAAGAUUAUUGCUUUUGGUCCACUGAACUACCUGAAGGACGCCUGGAAUGUGUUUGACUUUGUGACGGUGCUGGGCAGCAUCACUGACAUCCUGGUGACUGAAAUCAAUACUACGGACCGUCUGCUGAACUUGAGCUUCCUGAGGCUGUUCAGAGCCGCUCGGCUCAUCAAGCUGCUGAGACAGGGCUACACCAUCCGCAUCCUGCUGUGGACCUUCGUCCAGUCCUUUAAGGCCCUGCCUUAUGUUUGCCUGCUGAUUGCUAUGCUGUUCUUCAUUUAUGCCAUCAUUGGGAUGCAGGUGUUUGGGAACAUUGAGCUGAAUGAAGACACAGCCAUCAAUCACCACAACAACUUCCGCACCUUCCUCCAAGCUCUCAUGCUGCUGUUUAGGAGCGCUACUGGCGAGGCCUGGCACGAAAUCAUGUUAUCAUGUUUAAGUCAUCGGGUCUGUGACGAGCGAUCAGGGUCUCAGGGGAAACAAUGUGGAAGUGAUUUUGCCUACUUCUACUUUGUCUCCUUUAUCUUCCUCUGCUCCUUCCUGAUGCUGAACCUGUUUGUGGCUGUCAUAAUGGAUAACUUUGAGUACCUAACCAGAGACUCCUCCAUCCUGGGGCCUCAUCACCUCGAUGAGUUCAUCCGGGUUUGGGCUGAGUACGACCCGGCUGCAUGUGGCCGUAUCAAGUACCUCGAUAUGUAUCAGAUGCUGCUCCACAUGUCCCCACCCUUAGGUUUGGGAAAGAAAUGUCCGCCAAGAGUCGCCUACAAGCGUCUUGUCAAAAUGAACAUGCCCAUCGCUGACGACAACACUGUCCACUUCACCUCCACCCUGAUGGCACUGAUCCGCACCGCCCUUGAGAUCAAGCUGGCUUCAGGUAUGGUAGCUCAGAGAUUGUCUGAUGAGGAGCUGAAGAAGGAACUGUCCACAGUGUGGCCCAGCCUCUCUCAGAAGACCAUGGACCUUCUGGUGACGCCACAUAAACCCAAUGAACUGACAGUGGGGAAGGUUUAUGCGGCUCUCAUGAUCUUUGACUACUACAAGCAGAACCGAGCGAGGAGGCUGCAGCUGCAGCAGCAGCAGCAACAGAGCGCUUCAGGCUCCCAGUGCAAGGUCGGGGCUCUGUUUAAGCCAUUGCUGCCUCUGACUCACAUGCAGGAGAAAGAUCUGCCUAUGAUGUUAAACAGUGUGGAGCCUCCCAGCAUGCUUCAGCCUCAGCCCAAAUCCCACGCCAAGUCCCAGCCAGUGACCAGACCAAGCUCCAAUUCCCUCAACAAUGGAGGCACGCUGCCGAGCCAUGACCACAUCAAGGCUUCAGCUUCCUGGGUAAUGGACAAAACCAAGGAGGCACCAAAAGGUAAAUCGAAGAAAUCCACGUCCAGAGGCCCCUCAGAGGACACGCCAGACAACGACGCCAAUAAGGAGUCAGUGGAGAUGAGGAAGAUGGAGACCAGUGUCAGCAGUACGAUCCCGGCCCCGGUUUCAGGUCUGGAGAAUCAGGGCAGAGCUGCUUCAAUGCCUCGACUCAAUGCUGAGCUGCAGCGGAGUCAGUCACGCCACUCUCCAGGGACCCAACUAGCUACUGUCCCUGAUGCAAGCCCUAUGAAGCGUUCAGCCUCCACUGUGGCACCACAGCGGCCCCAAGAGGUCAAUCUGAGGGACUACACCUUGGAAAAACCCAGCCAGGACCGACCCCACCACCAUCACCACCACCACCGCUGCCAUCACCGCAGAGACAGAGAGAGAGACAGAGAGAAGAGGCAAAGAUCUCUGGAUACACCUAUAGGUGGACAAGCUCCCGCCUCUACUGGAGCAGCAGGAGAGCCAGCGUCAGACCCAGCUGCUUCCAGAGAGCGAGCUCACGACAGGGGACGCUCCCACGAGAGGAAACAUCACCACUCCUCCGCGGAUAAACAACGCUACUACUCCUGCGACCGCUACUGCGGCCGGGAACACUGCCACACCAAAUCUGCCACCGCCAGCUGUGCCGCCUCCCCCAGCGAGGGGCAGGAAACCAGCAACAAGCAGGGCAGUGGUUGGGUUAAAGGCAGCCCAGUGGCUUUGAGCUCCAGUUCUAGCACGCCAAGCCGCGGACGUCGGCAGCUCCCCCAGACCCCCCUCACCCCGCGGCCUGGGGUGGCCUACAAGACUGCCAAUUCUUCCCCUGUGCACUUUGUGUCCAGCCAGGCCUCUCUGAGUCCUGGCCGGCUGAGUCGCGGCCUGUCGGAGCACAACGCCCUCCGUCACAGUGGCUCCCGUCACUUUCCCUGCCCCGUCACUCGAAUCAGCUCCGAGCCCUUCCUGGGCCAGGGCCACGGCGAGGCCCUGGACAGCCUCUACGGCAGCCUCCGGGACCAGCUGGACGUCUUCCAGGACGAGGGGUCGCUGUCGCCCAACCCCCGCUCCGGACGCGCCUCUCGGACCGCACUGCCUCGCACGAUGGGAGCCCUGCUUCCCGCUCCGCAGCAAAACCUUGGGGUGCCCAAUGGGUACCACUUCAGCUUCGGGGGCAGCAGCAGCCCGGGUUCUGGCGGCAGGUCACCCAGGUAUUACCAGGAGGCAGAGGAGGACGAAUGGUGCUAGCAUGGCUUUAAACCAACUUUUUUAAUGCAUUUUUGAGAAUUUGUGAUGAGUUUUAUCAUCUUC